AUGAAAAAAAUAAAAAGUUUUUACCCUUUUGGAAAAAAGAGCAAUUAUACUAUCCAGACAAAAGAAACUGAUAUAGAUGAACUAAAUAAAGUGCAAAAUGAAUAUGAUUUAUUAUUUCACCAUAACAUGAAUAAUUACACUAAUCUGGUAGGAAUAAAUAAAAUGAAUAACCAUAGUAAAAGGGUUGAAUAUUUUAGAAAACGUAACGACAAUAAUGAAACAAAUUUGAGGAGCAAAAAUGAUAAAACCCGUUUAGAAAAGAAAACAGAUAAAAAUAACCAAGACAAUCGAAUGAGCAUAAAUAAUUGGAGUUUUUUAAAUAAUAAAAAUGACAAAAUAAGUGACAAAAAUGAAGUAUAUAAUAUGAACAAUGAUACAAUAAAUUAUAAAUUAAGAAAUGAUAAUAAAUAUAUUGAAAAUAAAAAUAUGAAAGAAAAUAAAUUAAUAAAAAAUAAACAAUAUAUUUAUAAAAAAUUAAUUGUUUUUGAUUAUGAUGAUACAAUAUUACCAACAAGUUGGAUAACAGUAAAAAUGAAACUAGGAUUAUUUGAUAUGAUUCCAAAACAUAUUCGUCAAUUAUUUAAUAAAUUAAGUAAUGUUGUUAUAAAUACAUUAAGUUUAUGUUUAACACAAGGAAAAUUAGUUAUUGUGACAAAUGCAAGUCUAGAAUGGUUAAUAAAUUCAGCUAAAAAUUAUAUUCCAUUAGUCUGGUCAUUUAUUGUACAUAAUAAUAUUAGAAUUGUAUCUGCUCGAGAUACAUUAGUUAACACAUUUGUAGAUCCAAAAGAUUGGAAAAAAGUUAUAUUUCACCAAAUAAUUAACGAGUUAUUAUCACCAUAUUUAUAUAAUACAUCAUUUAUAUGUUUUAUUUAUUCAGUAGGAGAUGGAAAUGAUGAACGAAAUGCUUGUUUUUUUAUAUCUCAAUUAAAUCAAUAUUCUUCUUGUAUAUUUAAAUCAUUGAAAUUUUUACCUGAACCGACAUGUCAAAAGUUAAUAGCAGAACAUGAACUUUUUUCUUAUUUUAUGAAUGGAACAAAUAAUUCACCUAAAAUGUGGAAUUACAAUGUGCCUGAAUCUCCACCAUUUCCAAUUAAUUUCAAGGAUCGAAAUUCAGUAAAAAAUUUAUGA